AAAAAGGGUGGGGGGGGGGGGCAGGAGAGAGGGAGAAACGGGCCUUUGCCAUCGCUGCGGUCAUAUUCCCCUCUAUCCACCCAAAAAUGGGGGAGCGGGACGGGAGGCAGCCCGCCCGGGCCCGGGGAGCCGCCGGAAGCGCGGCCGGAGCAGUGACGUCACCGGGUCUCCCGGUCCCGCCCCCUCCCCGGGUCGGGGGAGGGGUCACCGAGGGGGUUUCCUCGCGGCCCGGUGGGGGAGGCCCGGCCGGCGCGCCGGGGGGCCGCUGCUGCCCCGCCGCCUCCUCCCCCUCUUUCUCCUCCUCCUCUUCCUUCUCACCGCUGGGACCCUCCCGGCCGCCGCCGCCCCGGCCCCUGCUCCUGCCCCGGGGCAGGGGGGGCGCCGCGCCGCCCGGCUCCCGGGGGUCUCCUCACGGGGGGCCCCCGCUCGCGCGGCACGAGGCAGCGCCUCCCCCCGACGGCCGAGCCGCCGCCGCCGCUCGGGGCGCUGCGCGGUGCGCGUCGCGCUCCCCCCUGGCGGGGCCCGGCCCCCGGGGCACCGGCACGGCCGGGCGCGCACACACACACACGGACGGACGCGCAGAGCGGCGGGGCUGACGCGGAGAUCCCGGAGGUUCCUCCCCGCCGCCCGCCCGGACGGGCUUCCCCGCGCCCCCGCCCGCCCGGCCCGCCGCGCCCCGGCGCCGCCGGGGAAACUCACCGCCG